AUCAUUCUUAGCUUUACUAUGGGCCACUAUAGUUGUAUAUUCGUCGUUCGCCAUUCUUCCACAAACAAAUUUGGUUUUCCACACAUGUGACUACCUUCUCUCUGUUUUAAAACUAACAUCUCACGUGAUAAUUUUUGCUUUCAUGGCUCACUCAUUGCAGGUAAUUUAUACAAGUCACCAUGUGAAGUUUCAAAUGUAUUUGUUCAACAAGCAUAUUGAGGAAAUUUGUACAAUGAUGGAUCCAGAAGAAAACGAAGAAUAUUUAGUGUAUGAUGAAAGAUAUCAAAGAGAAGUUAGACGUAGACUCAAUUUCCUGGUCAAGAGACAUUGUGAAUUUAAAAGAUGGCGAACUAAUACUCUCCGAAUUAUGGACAAGCUAAUACUACCAUUUAGUGCAUGCGCUGCUGUUCUUUUGUUUAUGGGUAUUUAUUCUUUCCUGUAUAUAGCAGAGUCAGCGACCAUCGUCAUAUGCUCUGAUUUACUCUUUAAUAUCGUCGCUGGUUCCUGCAUUGUUGCCACAAUUAUGGCAGGCGAAGCUUUACAAGACGAAUCUGAAAAUACUUUCACAACACUUAUGCUAACAAAAUGGUACAAUUUUAAUUGCGAAAAUCGGAAAAUUUUUCUUCUGAUGUUGUGCAAUAGUGUGAAACCUAUAACUAUUAACUUUUCAGGAGAAAUUGCCAUCAACUAUCGUCUAGGAAUGGCUGCCGCGUUUGCCAUCUCCGUACAUUUAUACACAAAUAACUGUAUUGACGACAUCAUGAACUCUUUUCCACUUUGGGAUAUCGACACAGCUGGCGAAACAAUUAAAAUUAAAAUCAAGAAGGAAAUGCAGAUACUUACAAUUUUUGUAGUCUCUAAUACGUUAGCAGGCUUAUUAUGGAUAAGUCUAAUUAUAUUCACUUAUUCUGCGUUCGCUAUUCUUCCACCUAGAAAUUUUCUUCUAUGUGCAUGUGACUGCCUAUUCUUUAUUGUAAAAUUAACAUCUCACGUGAUCGUUUUGGCCAUGAUAGCUCACCCAUUUCAAAUACUUUAUAUAACUCAACACGCAAAGUUUCAAAUGUAUUUGUUCAACAAGUAUGUUGAGGAAGUUUGUUGUGUGCAUGAAAAAGAAAAUAUAGAAGAAAAUUUACUGGACGAUGAAAUAUAUCAAGAAGAAGUUAGAAUUAGACUCAAGCUUCUAGUAAGAAGACACUGCGAUUUUAAGAGGCACGAAUGGAGAAUUCGCACUCUAGAAAUUGUUAAUAGCCUCAUAAUACCAUUCAGUGUGGCCGUUGGUUUUAUUUUAUUUAUGGGCAUGUAUUCUUUUUUGACAACGACAGAGUCAACGGCGAUUGGUACAUGGAGCAACGCACUUUUUGGUUUCCUCGCUGUGUCCGGUUUUGUUACUAUGAUUAUUUGCGGCGAAACUUUACAAGACGAAUAUGUUGGGGAAGUUUGUUGUGUGUACGAAGCAGAAAAUGUAGAAGAAAAUUUAGUGGACGAUGAAAUAUACCAACAAGAAGUUAGACUUAAACUGAAGCUUCAAGUAAGAAGACACUGCGAUUUCAAGAGAUGGAGAAUUCGCACUCUAGAAAUUGUUCACAGCCUCAUAAUACCAUUUAGUGUGGCCGUUGGUUUUAUUUUAUUUAUGGCCAUGUUAUCUUUCUUGACUACGACAGAGUCAACGACAAUUAAUACAUGCUGCAACGCACUUUUUGGUUUCCUCGCUGGGUCCGGUUUUGUUACUAUGAUUAUUUGCGGCGAAACUUUACAAGACGAAUCUGAUAACAUAUUCACAACACUGGUGAUGACAAAAUGGUAUAAUUUCAACUGCGCAAAUCGAAAAACCUUUCUCUUGAUGUUGUGCAACAGUAUGGAACCCAUAAAUCUCAACUUUUCAAAAGAAAUAGCCAUAAACUAUCGUCUAGGAGUGGCUAUUUUCAAAGCGGUAUACUCGACCAUCUCAGUUUUCUAUUAACAAACAAAACAAAAUAAAAGAGACGAAGAAACUAUUAACAAAGUUUUCUUUUCAUUAACCUUAAAUAUACCUGUGGUGAAUGGACAAUCUACCCAAAUCAAUAC